AUGGGUUUUACAAAAAAGUCAUAUACUGAUUCUUCAGGAAAGAUCCUAUUCUAUUGGGAUCAAACACUAGACGAUGUUAAUUUAUCUAUUCCUCAUGAAAUACUUUAUUCUAUAAAUUCGGGUAACAUUCUUAUUAAUAAGUUUGAUUUAGAUAUAAACAUAGGAGCAAAUUACCUGAAAGUAAUUAAUAAGAAGAUAAAUCAAGUAAUAAUUAAUAAAAAUCUAUUUAGUACAGUUGAUACAUCUGAUUCUCUUUGGUAUAUUGAGGAUAAUCAGCUAUUCAUUCAACUAUCAAAAAUGAGAAAGGCAGAGGUCUGGACAUCUAUUUUUAAAUCAGAGGAACAAUUAAAUCCAUUGGAAGUAGAGACAAUUAAAAAACAAAUGAUGUUAGAGAGAUUCCAACGUGAGAAUCCAGGAUUUGACUUCUCAGGUGCAGAAUUUAGUGGUAAUGCUCCUGACCCAAGAAAUUUUUUGGGCGGUCCAAAAAUGCAGUGA